AUGCUACCUAAGGUUCUGAAGCCCACGCGCAAAAGAACGAGUUUGGACCCGAAGCCAGCUAAUGGGGUACACCAAGAUACUUCCUUCUCCAUCCUAAAUGAGACAGAUGACGCUCCUGAGGCACCAGAGAACGAAGCACUCUUCAGUAGAGUCCGUGCAGACUGUGGGCUAGAGGCCUGGUCUAUAGUCAGUCAGUACAGCAUCGCAAACAUUCAUCGCAUGGCGUCUGAGAAGGGUUUUCCUAGAGGCAAAAUUCCCGUCAUGUGUGCAGCGUUGGACAAGGUGGACAACAUUUUUCCAGACGCAAAAGCUCUCCUCACGGAUCCAUCUGGUAACAGCUUUGUCCUCGUAGUUUUUAUAAUUGGAGCCAUACUUGAGUAA